AUGUUUAAUUCAAGGUAUGUUUUUCAGUUGAGCAGACUCACAUUAAGAAAACGCCCAUUUGAUGGUAUAAGUGUUCGAAGGAUGAGCACAAGGCAUUUUGUGUCAAAUAGCAAGAUACCGAGGUUUCAAACGAGAAAUUUACUCUUUUACACAACUUUGACAGCAGCAUCACUCUCAUCUUUCUAUCUGUAUUCUGACAUAGAUGGCCCUUGCACAAUUUCUAAUGAAGCGAUAACGACUAGGCUAAUAUUACCUGAAGAAGUCGCUAAGCACAAGACUCCCGAUGACUGUUGGGUAGUUAUUAAUGGUUAUGUCUAUGAUAUUACCAGUUUUAUCAUGUCACACCCUGGUGGUCCUGACGUCUUGGAAACAAAUGCAGGAAAGGACGUUACUGCCAUAUUUGUACCAUUGCAUGCCCCAGGUGUAUUAGAAAAAUAUUUACCCAGAGAGCUGAAAUUAGGUAAACUACAGGGAUCAAUGCCCGAAGAACUUGUGUGUCCACCUUAUGCUCCAGGUGAAACAAAAGAAGACAUUAUGAGAAAAGAAAAUCUAAGGGCAAAUUUACCACCACUAGAAUCAAUAUUAAAUCUAUAUGAUUUUGAAAGAUUGGCAUCUUUAAUUCUAUCAAAUCAAGCUUGGGCUUAUUAUUCAUCUGCUGCAGAUGAUGAAAUUACUUUAAGAGAAAAUCAUUUGGCAUAUCACAGACUGUUUUUCAAACCGAGGGUCCUGGUUGAUGUGUCCAAUAUUGAUCUAAAAACUGAGAUGCUAGGUGAACCUACUGAGGUCCCAUUUUAUGUUACAGCCACUGCAUUAUGUAAAUUAGGUAACCCUAAUGAAGGGGAAAAGGAUAUUGCAAGAGGUUGUGGGUUAGCACAUAAGCUGGUACCGCAAAUGCUCUCAACACUGGCAUCAUGUUCACCUGAUGAAGUAGCAGAAGCCAAGGUUAAAUCGGAGCAACUUCAGUGGUAUCAAUUAUACAUCAACUCAGAUAGAAAAAUAACUAGGAAUCUUGUCAAACAUGUGGAAGAACUUGGAUACAAGGCAAUCUUUGUUACUGUCGAUGCCCCAUUAAUGGGAUCCAGAGAAAAAGACCUUAAGAUUAAAUUCUCCACUACCAAACAAGGACCUAAAAUAAUGAAGGAGACAGAAAAACUAGAAGACACUGAGAAGGUCACACAUGGGGCAUCACAAGCAUUAUCAGAAUUUAUUGAUCCCUCAAUAACAUGGAAAGAUAUCAAGGAAUUACAGAAAAUCACAAAACUUCCGAUUGUUAUCAAAGGUAUUCAAAGGAGAGAAGAUGUUAUAAAAGCGGCGGAAGUAGGUUGUAGUGGUGUUGUCCUUUCAAAUCAUGGCGGUCGACAAUUAGAUUUUUCAAGGGCACCUAUUGAGGUACUUGCUGAAACAAUGCCUGAAUUAAAAAAAAGAGGACUGGAUCAGCAUUUUGACGUCUUUAUCGACGGAGGAAUACGUCGUGGAACUGAUAUAAUAAAGGCAUUGUGUUUAGGAGCCAAGGGUGUUGGUCUUGGGAGACCAUUUCUCUAUGCCAACUCUUGCUAUGGUAAGGAAGGUGUCGCAAAGGCAAUCGAGCUUCUAACCAAAGAAAUGGAAACCUCAAUGAAAUUACUUGGCGCUCAAUCCGUCAAAGACCUUAACGAGAGUUUCUUAGACCUUUCCGCGCUUCAUCAAAAGAGUGUCAAUGUUCCUAUUGAUUCCUUAUAUAAUGACGUUUAUAAAGCACCUACUACGAUCGAAGUUGAAUAA